UAGUGAGCUAGCUUAAGCAGCGACGUUUUUUGAGCGGCGCACGUCAACCGGAAGUUAGCCUUUUUCUCUCUUUAUACGCCUUGAUGCUACUUAAUCUGUAUUGCUAAGUGUAUUCACUCUUAUAGAGACGAUUCGGCCAAAUAUUUGUUUAAAAUCACGUUUCAAGAGUGAAAAAAGUCCACUUCCAGUUGACUUGCGUCGCUGAAAAACGUCGCUGCUUAAACUCGCGAAUGGUUAAUCUAGAAUGGGAGGGCUGCGAAAACCGCAAAAAUGCACUAAAAAACUUAAUAAAACGCAACACCGUAUCGAAACUUACUGCUGAUUGAUAUAAAGAUUUAAGCAAAACUGCAGGACUGUAGAAACUUACGACCCCUGCCCCCCUCCCCCUCACUCAUCGUUUUUAAAGAAAAUUUCCUAGUUCAUGUCGUAUCAGGGUACUAUAGCAAACCUGAACAUGAGUGAACUCAAGUAUUUUCGACAAUGCACUGAUGAGAGUCGUUGUGAGGUCUGAGCUCAGCAGUGAAAUACGCAGGCAAGUGAUUAUGUUCAUCUGGGUGAUUGAUUCACGCUUGUGCGAAGUACUUGAGACAGCUACAAAAUAUCUAGAGUUUCCCUUGGAAAGUAACCUCUUUUUCUGCCUCUUGAUAUUGGUUGUAGUAAUAAUAAUGAAGAUGGUUCAGUCAAACUCUGAAGACCUAGUUGUUUCUGGCUCUUCGAGAUCUCACAGUGAUCGGCUUCAAGAGAGUGACGUUCACAUACGCCUUCCUGCUAGUAUGUUUCACGAAAAAGGUAUCUAAAGAAAUAAUUAAUUCUGUUUAUAUACAUUACAGUGUUCUUAACCUGAUUAAGUUCUCAUAAAAGCGUCUCGCUCCAAAUUCAAGUCACCAACACAAAGUAACAAGUCACCCCUUUUUGAAUUGAGCCGAAGGCAGUAGGUCAGAUCUCCAGCGUAUAAGUUUGGAAAAACUAAAUGGAAAGAGGCGCAAUUUAUUUCCACCUUGUUAAAAUACAGCAGAUUAGCAAUAAAUCUUUUUGAAGAUUCAAUUCCGGCCCAAUGUCGUUUCUUGUCUUUAGGUGGCUAUAUGGCAGCCAUUGUGUACAGCAACCUCCACAAACUGCUUCCCUCAGAGGCUCAAACUUUCCUUGAUGGGUAAGACCAUGGGUCCAUGUUAAAAAAUGUUCUACAUACUAGAGAGUUUUCAACUUACUCAUUCAAUAUAAGCUAUCCUUUCAGCAUAACGCAAUUUUAAGGUUUAGACUCGCCUUAGUCCCGGUUCGGCAGACUGUAAUACUAAUCUAAUAUAAGUCUAAACUGUUCAUUAGGAUAUAUUUCAGUGAAACACAUUCAGAACUUUAAAAGUUAACUUUAAUUACCUCCGAAUGUAAGUUCAGUUUAUACUUUUUAUUAUUAUUAUUUUUCAUUUGAUCCACUAAAAAAAAAAAGAAUUCCAGCUGAAAGUGGAUAUAUAGGAUCUCGUAUCUUCGCCAUUGCAGUGGAACCGUUAAAGUACCCACUUCAAGGAAGAGCAUUAUUUGACUUCGGUCAUCUAAAGGUAAUUUUUAUUAAUUGGAUAUAAACUUUAAUUAUGUAGCAAUACCUCCAGUUGUCUAGUACAGUCAAACGCCGUUAAUACGGACACUGAGGAGGACAUAGAAAUUGUCCGUAUUAACAGGGUGCCCGUAUUAAACAGGUGGAAUUAAGAGAAAAUGUAAGGACUUUCUUUCCCCAGGGACAAAGAAAACUGUUUGCAAUAAUGAGGUGUCCGUAUUAAGAAAGCGUGUGUCCGUAAAACGUGUACAUGAACGAUCCCUCCUGCUUCUUAUUGAGGCCUCGCUCCACCUUCUUGAUAUUCACAUGAAGCGAAUUGGAGUGUUUUUAAGGCAAACAAACACUUUGGUUCUUGGCCAACGUAGUUACGUCAGUUUGAUGGAUUCUUUAAUACAGUCAAGCCCCGCUUUAUGGUCUCCCGCCUAAUACGGACACCUCCGCAUUGUUACGGACAGUUUGCUUUGUCCAUGGAUAAAAUAAAGAAAGCCCUUAUUUACUCCAAAUUCAACCCUUUUAAAAUGGACACUUUCUAUGCCCCCUCAGAGUCUGUAUUAACAGAUUUUGACUGCAAUGUAUUUGGAUGCCCAACUUGUUAAUCUUUUAUUUAAUCUUUUUUUUAGCCGACGUUGCGUUCGAGCAAGCCGGAAUGCGUUUUCUGGAAUUUUUCCAUGAUGUAAGUUUAAGUGUUACAUCAGUUUAGUUUUUUUUUGCUUUUUGCCAAGUUAGUAAAAAACAGAGCAGAACCAUAUGCCAAAAAAAUGUAUUUUCUCUAUUGCCUUUAGGUUUGUUUUGAAGGACAACUAUUUAUGCGAGUUGUACAACUCAUAAUAGCACCAAUAUCAUUUGCAGUUAAGACGUGAACAUAAUUACCUAUUCACACAGCCCCAUUAUAGUCAACCUGAAAAAUCGUAAAUAUUAGUUAUCCGAGCAGGAUUUAGGUUAGCCUAUUAUGUAAGCACAUCACUUCGCUAUUAAAUGCGCAAACAAAGCCAUUUUUACUUACCUUGAAAGUUUAUCGAAAGAGAUACUUCACCUGAAGACUUCCUCUACAGUUUUACUCCUGAGAACAUAAUUGAACACAGAACGUUCGUUUUAUGUUCACAGAUUUUUUCUCCUUUAUAUUUUUCUGUUAACCAGGCAAUAUGGCAGUUAACAAGAGGAAACAAUUGCAUCUUCACUAACAGCUUGCAACCUAUUGUUAAUUUAUUUAACUUUUUUUUUUUCAACAGGGGUUACUCCAAUGUCUCCAGUGGUUCCUGGUCAAGGAGAGGCUGCAAAACUGAGAACUACACCAGCAGAAGAACGUAUUGCAGCUGUGAUCAUCUGACUCACUUUGCAGUGUUGAUGCAACUCAAAGACCACGAGGUCAAUAUUUUUAAGAGAUGAGCUCAGUGAUCAGUUUUAAUAGCAUUAUCUCUCUAACUGCAUGGGCGUAGCCAGCUUUUCGACUGGUCGUAGGCCUGGCUGACUUUCAUUUCCACACAUCCUGAAAAUUGCGCGCAUGACUUGUACACACUGACCUCACACCAACUCUUUGAGCUCUUAAGCUUUUUAGCUCACCCCACAACGCAUAAUUUACUACAUAGGCCAGGGCCUACAGGUCUAUGGGCUGGCUACGCCCGUGAGCUAAGUUAAAUUAACUGCCUUGAUGGAGAAAUUCUUAAAUGUAGAAGGUUUAGUUUUCAUUUAGUUGAAGCUUUAUUAAUGGCUCAAAGAGAACGUCUUUUUUUCUUUAGAUACCCGUUGAACAUCGUAUGGCGCUAGAACUGAUCACCUAUAUCGGCUGUGCCUUCUCUUUGAUGGGAGAAUUCAUCACAAUUGUGGCAUACGUAGUUUUUCUGUAAGUAAAUCUGACUGCUUUGCAAGAAAAGAAAGUUCUCUAUGCGGUAAUAUAUCAGAUAUAUAGGCAAGGUUGGAGGAGGUAAUCUACUGCACGCCACCACGCCCGCCAAAAAAGGCAACAACAAAAAAUCUGAAUAAGGAAUAAACUGGUCGUUUCUCUCUCUCUUUACCCGUUUUUAGGAAUCUCAAAGCGGGAGAUACACAGAUAAGACUGAACUUCGUUAUAUCAAUUGCUGUUGCCCAGCUGAUCUUCAUUUUGGGAAUUGACGCCACACAGAGCAAAGUGAGUACAUGUAUAGUCAGCGGAUCAAAUGAUAUAAUAACAAAAAGACGAAAGGCGUCAUUUAGAAAACGAAAAACCCGCUUGUAAUGAAAACUUUCUUAUUAACUUGAUUCAAACUAAAAAAAAAUUGGUUGCAACUGAAAUAGCUUGUUAUCCCUAGCUACGGAUCUACUGGUUACUCUCAUUUCAAAGUGAGCAGACUCAACCCUGUGACGUGUGUCUUAAAUAGUUUACUUCGGAACUGUUUGUAGAUCACAAAGCUCUCCUGGACUCCUGCUUUCGUGCCUAGCUUCUGAUUGUAUGAAAUUCACUAUUUACUUAAUUAAAGGGGGGAUUCUUGUACCUUUAUUUUUGUUUUGUCCAUUUCUACCAUUUUAUUUUCCAAAUCUAUCCAAAGAUGGGUACAUAAGGUCAAUAAAUUGGUUUAAUAAAUUUUUGAGAAUUCUUGGAUGAUUUUUUUAAUGAGUAAGAAUUGGAGGUAUGUAUAAAAUUGUGGAAAAUUAGGCAAAAUAUUGGAUUUGAGGGCUAUUGAAAAUUAAUAAUUAGUAGGCAAAUACCAAAGUUAUAAGGGGCCUGUCUCUUGAGCAGUUUGCCCAAACACAUCACUUUUUAGAAACAUAUAAAACUUGCGCCCUGAAUACAAUACUUAAGAAAAUCUCUAAAAUUCUGUUUUGUCGUGAUUCACAGAAUUAAAAGUUUUGCCUUCUUUUCAUGUAACCAUAAAUGAAAUUUUUGAUCACUGAAAUAAGAAAAAAAAUGAUUUUCAUUUCUAACCCUUCUUGAUGUUCUUUUUUCAGGCCAUAUGCACAACAAUAGCCGCGGCCAUACAUUAUUUCUUUCUAGUGUCUUUUUGUUGGAUGCUGAUUGAGGGCUUGACGCUGUACUAUAAGGUGGUCAAAGUAUUUGACACCGACUUCAAAAUGUGGCCUUUCUGUGCAUUUUCCUGGGGUAAGUUUAGUCUAACCAACGUCAAAGUCCACAUGCUCUGAGAUAAAUCAGGCCUGGAGAUAAAUUAAGUAAUCACUCAGCUAUAUACAAGCCAGGUUGCCAUGGUGGCAGUCGGAAAGACCGAUUGUAAUGACAAUGGUCACUCAUGGAUUGAAUUUUUUUUUUUAAAGUCCUCAGUGCACAAUAUAUCGGCAAACGUUUGACGCUCGAACACGUUCUUUCAUUGUUUGAUUGUAAUGCGAGAAGUUAUUUGAGAGAGUAAAAAGGCUAAUUCAUUCAGGAAGUUACUAUUAGUCUUACUUCUUUACAUUGGAGAACUUGUAAUUUUUCAGUCAUUAUUUCACGUUCUCGAAAAAUAUUGCUUUUUAAGUAACCAAUAUUACUAAAGAAUUACCUCGUUUUUUUAAUUAUUAUUUUCGCAUGCAUAGCAAAGAUUGUCUGCUUUUUAUUUAUUCUAAUUUUACUUUUAGUUAAUUAAACGUUCCGUUUAACAAACUGGAGGUAACAACUAAUAACCAAAGGCAGAAAAAAGUCAGUUUGUCAUACCAAACACGGAAUUAUAUGUUUUAAAUGUUUUUCCCUUUCCUGGAGCCCUUUGUCUUUUCAACCGCGCAGAACCACGUACGUAGGUAAUCAGACGAAAGAUAACAAAUGAUUUUUUUCCUUAGGCUUCCCAUUGGCCCUGGUAUCAAUCUCCCUCUUAACGGCAGCCGCCACUGAAGGAGGCAUCGCCAGUUAUGUUGCUGACAGCUUGUAAGUUUUUUCUUCUUCUUAAUGCCAGCUGAAAUUUAACGUCAGUAGCUGGUACCACUCAAUCUAGGUGGUUUACCCAGGUUUAAGCCAGACGUUAAAAUUGUCUCGACUUGGAAUAAGCAAGUGCGGCUUAUAGAAUACUGUUAAGUCGAGUUCCUGGGCAAGAAAGGCCCAGCUUACCUACUCAAUUAGCCAAUCAGAACAGAAAAUUUUAUGAUCUUUCCCGCUCGCGGAGCCACCCAUAAUAAUAUGUCACAUGACCUCGUUCUCAGGUUGAGAAACUUAAUGAUGACAAUGAUACAGGAAUAUCAUUUAGUGCAUUAGCCUCUAGUGCGUCACAUGUGAUUCCUUUUUCUGCAGUUGCUGGUUGUCCUUUUCCAAUGGAUUCGUUUGGUUUUUCGUUGCUCCAGUUCUCAUAAUAUCCAUAGUAAGUUUGAAUAUAAUUCAGCGUACGCGAUGCUUUGCGCCGUUCUCUUUUGUUGAGUUAAAGGGGAAAACAAGGGCCAAAGGACUUAUUCAGACACUGACGUUAUAAAGUGAUAAAAAGCGUGGUCACCGAAAAUAAGCAUAUCUAGCCAGGAGCGCAAAAUAAGUUUGAUAUAUUUGGACUUAGGGCCAGGAACUCGCUUGAGCACGUGACCCGUAACGUAUAGGCCGCGCCUUAUACUGGGGCCUGGGGACUGGGAAAUAUUGGAACAAGCCUGACCUUCCUUGAGUUUAUACAAGAGAGAAUGAGCAUUCUCUCUUGAUACUCUCUUGGUUUAUAUUGCUGGUUUGCACGUCACGUCACGGAAGCCAUGCUGGUAGUCAAGAACAAAAGCAUUCCUCUCCUCUGGAAACAUAACUCCAUUUUCAAGUAAAUUCUUCGAGAAAAAAUUCUAUUGCUUUGACCCCCAACAUGGCCGCCUUGUCACGUGCUUGCAAACCAAGAAUAGGAGCCAGAUUUUAGCUGCACUUAAAACUUGUUUUUUCUUUCAUUUACAGUCAAAUGUCUUUGUUCUUGCACGAGUCACGAGAGAAUUGUUUACUAUGCACCCUACUAAUGUCAGUUCGGAGAGCAACAAAUUUAAGUAAGUAAUAUUACUGAAACACUGUACCAUAUCCCAGCUUCACAUUUUGACUAUAUAACAUUUCAAUCUAAUAUAUCCGCAAUGUACAGCGAUUAUAUAGUACACAAUUCAACGACAUUAAUAGUUUAUACUGUUUAAAAAACAAACGUGGGGCAGGGGGGGGGGGGUCAAAACCACACUGUAUGCUUUAUGGGAGGAUCACGUAAGGGCUCCAUUGUCGCAAAAAAAGUCCCCUGCAUCCCCCCCACCCCCCAAGGCGAUAAAUAAUGACCGGUCCCUAAAUGGGGUUGAAAUGCGAAAGUUUCGGUGCAUUUAUUUUCAAGCUAGGAUUUCAAUCAGGUUGUUGCGUUUCUACUAAACUACGAGCAGACUGUUUUUUACUCAAUUAUACUAGAUAGUCAAAACACCUUUUACCUUUUAUUGACAUUCACUCUACAUCUACUCUUGCUUGACAUGCUUAUUCCCUUUUUCAGGCGAGUGUUGCGGGCUUGCGUCGUACUUUUUCCGUUAUUGGGUGUCACAUGGGUGUUUGGUGUUCUGAGUGUGACAGACCUAACUGGAAUGGUGUUCCAGUACCUCUUUACCAUAUGCAAUUCUCUACAGGUAAUUUUUGGCUUUUGGCCUUGUCUAAAUCUAUAUUAGGGUUGUAUUAAUUACAAGUUUCGUGUGAAAAGGUGUAGGAUUUGCAUGCUUACCUUGAAAAAAUAGUAUAUUCACAGUUUAGUAUGUUGAGUUACCCUUACAAACCAUAAUGUCAAGAACUCGCUUGGUUUUAUGUUUCAAACUUGUAAAUUUCUCGUUAAGGGAUAUUACGAGCCUACAGCAAGGAUAGAUAAACAAAAACACUGUACAAAAUCCUUAACACGUGGAAUGACAAUACGCGAAAUGGGAAUUUUAAGUAUCCACAGUUUAUAACAUCAAUAAUCUUCCAAGCAUUAUAUCUUUUUGUCCACAGUUCAAAUAUAUGCAAUUUCAUAUAUCUGCCUUGAUACAAAAGUAUCUUUGUUAAGGAAAUAGUUGAUAUCUUUUUCUUUUCAGAAUGUGAGCGUAAUUUAAACAGAUAGCUCAUAUAAACACAAACCUUUACGCUACAAAGUUGAAAAAAGGGAGAACGAGGUUUAUAGCCCUCAAAAGCAAAACAGCAAUCACGUAUAGAGACGGACCGUUUUUUCAGCCUGCUAGCGCUGUUUUCUCAAUCGCUUACAUUGCAGUAUUUACUUGAUUUGAGUUAGUCUUUGAAGCCAGUUUCUGCUAUAUACUUUAAUACCUCAUCAGAUCUUAGAUGUACGGUAAUCCGUAACAGGCUGGAACGCUCUACAAUAUACAAAUACAGGCAAAGAACUUUUGACGCCUCCUCUAUUUAUUUUUGCAGGGAUUUUUUAUAUUUCUUCUUCAUGUGGUACGAAGCAGUGAGUUCCGGGUCACCGUAAAAAGAAAACUACGACGUUGGGGGAGUAAAAGAAAUACUACUGUUGUUCCCGCGAUAAUACUGCCAACAAACAAC